AUGAAUUACAGUACAAUUGACCUGGACUCCGGCUUACAAGACCGGCCCAUCGCCGAGUAUGAGCUGCAUCUUGUGCCCUGCAAGAUAGGCACGACGGGGCCCACGAAAGAGAUGGCAAGCGGAUUCCGAAGAGACGCUGACGAGCCCAAACAAGAAUCCGAAGGGUCGGUUACUUACCUUCGUGGCCGUAAAAUCAUUGGGAAAGCUGUAUUUCCUCAGAAAGACCGCUAUACAGUGGUAGCACUGGAACCGUGCGAAACAACAAAUAACACAUCAUUAGACCACAAGAAAGCAGCUGAGAUCUCUCAUAUCUACAAUUACGAGCGCGAAGGCAACGAGCAACGCAUGCAUGAAGAAAUGGACAAAUUCCACGAAUAUCUCGAGCUUUCAGACCUGAUCCAUCAAUCGUAG